CACGGCACGCCGGCCUUGUGGUGGCAGGGCAGGACGGAGUAGUGUGCCGUCGUGCGGGAGGCUGAGUAGUUGUCUGUCUGUGUGUGUGUUUGUGUGUGUGUGUCGGGCAGCGCGGCGGUGUGGAGGUCAUGCUCGCGUCUGGAUGCCGGGACGAGGUCACGGUGGAGGGCGGCGGCGGCAGCGGUGGCAGCGUGGGACGGGUGUCCUCGGUGACGGGCGAGGCCGUGCCCCGCGCCGCGCUGGCCACCAGGUACGUGCUGGUGUUCCUGGGCUUCCUGGGCUUCGUGAAUCUGUACAUGCUGCAGCUCAACCUGCUGGUGGCGCUGCCCGUCAUGGUGAAUCACACGGCCAUCAUCGGCCACGACUACGCCCUCUCCGGGCUGGGCAUCCAGCCCGUGGUGAAGGACGACCAGAUGAUGCUCUUCGGGCCCGGCGGCCCGGCUGACUCAGGCGGGACCACCCCCCAGCAGGACGAGGUGCCCUCCCGCUCCGUCGUGGGCCACGGGGACGUGCUGAAGCCCUCGCGGCGUGGCAAGGUCGUGGGCCGCGACGGAGCCCUCAAGAUCGGCAGCACGUUUGGGCUGCAGCCCGGCCCGCCGCGCGCCCUGGGCCCGGCGCGGGGCGGCCAGCCCGAAGUGGUCAACACGUGGCUGCGGGCCGGCAAGCGGGGCCGAGGCGAGGCCGCCGUCGCCACCCCCACGCCCGAGGAGGCCACGACGACCCUCCUGCCUGAUGAAACGACCACGGCGGGCUACGAGACCGAAGAGGAACGCUACACGACGGUGGUGAGCGUGGACGGCUACCCCGACGACACCACCGAGGCGGUCACGGACACAGAGUCGCCCCUGGAGGACAUCACCACAGCCAGCCCUCAGCUCGCUGCCACGGAGAACCCGGCCAGCGAGGACGGGCCAGCAGGCGAGGCGGCGCUGACGGAGGCUCCGGAAACCAGCACCAGCCCGACAUUCACUCCUGCCGCGGCCACCACCUCAGAACUCUUGCACAUGCCCGUCCCCGCGACGCCCGCCCCGCCCGCCCCGCCAGGCCUGCAGUCAACGGAACCGGCGACUGAGACGACGACUGAGGGCGGUGAGGUGACGACGUUACCCGCGACUCUUGACCUUGGCGAGACUGGGAAUGCCAACACCGAGCUCGAGGAGGCUUGGCGCGACCCACCGCCAGCGACGGAACGAGCUGCCGAGGCUUCCACCAGUGACGCCAAAACCUCGACCACUCCAAGCGUCCCCUCAGCACCCACUACACCAAGCUCCGUCACCACCCCCGCCACAACAACCACAACCUCUCAGAUCACAACCAACGCCCCCACCUCCCCAAGUACCACCAUGGCCCCAACCACCACCACCAUAACCUCCACAACCUCUCAGAGCCCAACCACUGCCCCCACCUCCUCAAGUACCACCACCACCUCCACCGCCACAAGCUCCACAACCUCUCAGAGCCCAACCACUGCCCCCACCUCCCCAAGUACCACCACCACCACAACCUCCACAACCUCUCAGAGCACAAACACCUCCCCAAGUACCACCAUGGCCCCAACCACCACCACCACAACCUCCACAACCUCUCGGAGCCCAACCAACGUCCCCACCUCCCCAAGUACCGCCACCACCACCACCACCACCACCACCACCACCGAAUCCAGUACACAGGGUGCCCCCGAGGACUCCACCCUCGUACCUACGUCUCGGGACGAAGAGGACCUCGCCACGACCACAGAGAUGACCCCGAGCCGCCUGAGUAAGCGAUCGAUCGACGAGACGCCAGAGACAACGGGCUUGGCCAGCGACCCUCAACCCACGGAGUCCUAUUCUCAGCCCCUUUCGCCUCCUACCAGUGCAGCUGCCGGUGAAGGAACAGAUCCUAGCGCCCUUACAGACACGCCCUAUACUGAAACGUCUCUGGAACCGGCUCUGAAGGCGUCUGAACAAGUGACGGAGAGCUACAGUCUUGGGAAAGUGACGGAAGAGUACAGCUUUGGAGGCGAGGCUCUCGAGGUUGGUACGGAAGGCUACACGCUGGAUACGACCACGACCUCAACGCCCAACGAGGAGGUAACACUGCCCAGCGGCGGGACAGAGGACACGACGCUGCCCUGGUAUAUCGGCGAUGAGUGGGACAUCGUCAACGUAACCAACACCUUUGAUAACACCAACAACACGAACUCCUCCUCGUCCUCCUCCUCCUCCUCCUCCUCCUCCUCGUCCUCCUCCUCCUCCUCGUCUUCCUCGUCCUCCAGUGAGAGUUCGGAGGAUUCAGAAGAGGAUAGUGACGAAGAGGAUGAGAGCAAUGAAGGGAGGGAGUUGGAUUCCGAGGAACUGGCCGAGCUGAACCUGUACAACCAAACCCAUCAUCUGGACGGCGCUCGCUACAACGGCUCCCACGACAACAGCGACGAGAGCGAAGAGUCCGGGGAGGAAGACGACGACGACGACGAUGAAGACGAAGAUGAUGAUGAAGAUGAGGAUGAUGAGGAUGAAGAUGAGGAUGAGGAUAAUGAUGAGGACGAGGAGGAGGAAGGUGAUGACAACGAUGAGGAGGAAAAUGCGUCCCAGGAGGGCGGCCGCAGUCAGAGCUAUGAAUUCACGCUACCCGGCCCCUUCCCGUCCACCGUCUGUUUUGAACCUAGAAUGGUCGUACGUCCGGAGCCUCCAAGGGACGGCGAGUUCAAAUGGGAGGCAGAGCUGCAGGAACGUCUUCGCUCAGCCUUCUCGUGGGGCUUCCUUCUGACGCAGCUGGUGGGCGGGCGGCUGGCGGGCGUGCUGGGCGGAAAGCUACUUCUUCUCCUCGGGGUCGUUCUGGCGGCGGUGCUGACCCUGCUGGUGCCCGUAGCCGCCGUCCGGGGUCCCUACUGGCUGCUGGCCGCUCGCAUCAUGAUAGGAGCCGCGCAGGGUGUGUGUAUGCCGGCCAUGCACGCGUUGCUGGCUCAGUGGGCGCCGCCGAUGGACCGCACAAUCAUGACAGCCUUCACCUACUCGGGCCUGGCGGUGGGCGCGACGCUGGGGGGUCCGGUUUCGGAGUGGGUGGUGACCGUGAUGGGCUGGCGCGGGCUCUUCUACUGCCAGGGCGUGGUGGCGUUGGUGUGGUGUGUGGCGUGGCAGCUCCUCACGGCCGAGAACCCCGCACAGCACCCCAAGAUUAGCCCGCACGAGAGGACACUCAUCAUAUCGUCCAUCGGGAUACAGCACGCGGGGAGAGGCUUGCCCGUCCCCUGGAUGCAUAUAUUUAGGUCCCGCCACGUGCUUGGUGUAGUGGUGGCCGAGGUCGGGUUCGCCUGGGCCUGGUUCACCCUCCUGCACCAUGCCAGAGAGUACUUGGUCACCGUCAUGCACGUACCCGACCACCAGGUCCGUGUGACGUGGGGCGCGGCUCUGAUGGCCACGUGGGUCCUGGCAAUGGUCUACGCCACGCUCGCUGAUUGGGUCCGCCGUACGAAUCGCAGCUCAACCGUUGUGGUCCGCCGCGUCGCUAACACCAUCUGCUCAGUGGUGACGGCGGCGUGCCUGGUGGGUGUGGCACAGUCCCGCUGCUCCCCCGUGGGCGUGCUGGUGUGGUCCGCCAUGGCCCUCGCGCUCGGGGUCUCCGCUGCCUUCUCCUCUUUCUUCCCCAACAUGCUGGAGCUGGCGCCCAACCACGCCGCGGCUAUCAUGAGCGUGGGCGGGACAGCGCGGGCGGUGGUGCAGGUGCUGUCACCUCUAUACGUCGCCUACCUCACAGACGGACAGGCGACCUUGGAGCGGUGGCGCAUGGUGUGGUACACGGGUGCUAUCGUCCUGCUGCUCACCAACUGCCUCUACUUCUUACUGGCGUCGUCCAAGGAGCAGGUGUGGAACAGGCCCGUCACGGUGCCCAUCUACCCCAAGCGCGAGGCGAACAUCCUGGCGCAGGGCCGGCACCGCCCACCACCCAGGCCGCAGCUCGGGCCCCAGUACGUCCUCCAGCGGGGGAACAAGAACCCCGCCUAUGUAUACACCGAGCACUUGUAGACAGCUGCCGUGUGUGUAUGUGUGUGUGUGUGUGUGAGUGAGUGUGUGUGUGCGUGUGUGUGUGUGUGUGUGUGCGCCGCCAGCACUGCAAUAGUCUUGUUUUAAUCAGUCCAUGCGUGUAAGAUGUGAGUUACCUGUUAACUGUCGUGUGUGUGUGUGUGUGUGUGUGUGUGUGUACAUAUUACCACCUGGACGGUACUGUAUUUAUAAGUCGCUGGCUGGAGGGUCGUCAUGUGAUAUAUAGAGAUGUAUUCCAUAAACAUUAUUUGCUUCACGUAAACUGAAUAGGACCUUAUAGUCUCGUGUGUCCCUGUGUGUGUGUGUGUGUGUGUGUGUGUGUGUGUUCCCUGUCCGUUGUAAGUAUCCGAAACAAAAAAUAUAUCAAUCAAUAAACAUUU